AUGUUGACCGAAACAGUGAAAUGGCGGUGGUCGAAAUGGGUGCUUCUAUGGAUGACUUUCCAGUACCUGUCAUUUGCUCAAGCGAAUGACGGUGGUGACGACAUUCCCCUCGUCGCUCAACACAGUAGGCGUGGUGGCACUGUCCGAGAGACCGAAGGUGGCGCUGAGGGUGGACCUGAUGGUCAUCUCCGAGUCGACGUACGACAUCGGGGUCCAAGGCUGGAUACGUCAACGUCAGGAACAAGUCUGCUCUCGCCCAUCCACUCCCAGCACAAGCUCACCGUUCAGCAUAUUGUGGAUGACGCUACGGUGCAUAUCCUCAAGGUCCUACUCGAUGGCGCGGAGGUGGAAUUCGUCCAGAGCCAAAAUUAUGACUGGACAGACUUCUACCAGUUUCAUCACAUCGCCCUCAGCCUCAGGGGCACGGCAGACAUCAGCCCAUGCGAGCACCCCACCACCCAUCACCCACACCUCCGCCCAACCCCCCCCUCAACGCCAGCUCCAGCGCCCCCUCCAUCGACUACGCGAGGCACAAGAGAACCGCCCACUUUCUUCCCAUACGGACCCCCGGAAGACGGAAAAACCACAGUGUGGCACUUUGAAGAGCAAACGACAACGCCACCGUCAGGAGAAACUCCUGACGAAGAUGAUGACGUCAUUUACCUGAGUGAGCCCUACGACCCGACGGAGGAGCCCGCCUACACAGACUUGUCUCGUAACGAGACGUACGACGACGGCGAAAGUGAUUCAGAUGUCAAGGAAUCGGACGACGCCAACGACGACGACGAGCCCUGGUGGAGGAGGUUCGUGUACAUCCUGGGCGACUACAAGCGCAUCCCUCUCCUGCUGAUCUUCCUCAUCGUCUUCUGCGUCGGUGCCGGGAUGGGGUCGGUGGCCACCAUCAUCUGCGAGCAGUACUGCUGCUGCAGGGACGACCACAGCAACAAGAGCUCCGACUACGACGGCGACGAAUUCCGCCACUUCAGCCGGCAGGACUUCAUGAGGCCGGCGGCCAACGCCACCUUCGUCGGAACGGUGGACAGUUCCGGGAGGGUGGCGAAGGAGAACAUCAGCCACCCUCUUCCCGCCAGCGGGUCGAGAAGCCCCGGUUCGGAGACCUACCACACCCCUUACCAACAACAGCAAAGAGAACGUUACCUCAGCAACAGCACGGACGAAACGCUCCCUCUGAACAUGCCGCUUCCCCAAGACAACCAGAGGGUCAAGAAUGGAAACUACAGCCAGUUCAACAAGUACCAAGAUACGUACCAGUGAGGAGGUCUGUGCUGUUCGCCAAAGGUGUUUGGAUCCGAUCUGUUUUUGAACAGCGGAAGUCUCCUGGCACUGGCAGGAUGUCCCAGGAUAUCCCUCGCAGUGCCACACAGGAGCUCGGCAAAUCCCACGUUCGCUGGGACUGUUAUAGUGUGAUGAGGAUAACGAUUAAGCAAUAAGGGAUGAACGUUCACCCAGCAUGACAGUGUUGCUAAUAUGAACGUUAAGUGAUAAGAUCAUUCAAAUACCGACAAAUCAUCGCAAAUGACUGCAAAGGCAUUCAUAUGCUGUCUUCCAGUGGACAUAACAAAUAAAUUGUGAUUUUUGAGCAAUUUUUUAUAAUAUUCUAUCCUUUAUGGCUCUGUUAACCCCUUUCGUGUCCAAUACGGAAUGGCGAAAUGGCAAUGGUUUAUAUUUAGCGAAUCAAAUCUAAAUUGACUAGAAAUGAAGAGGCAAAGCAACGGCCUUCAAUGUGAAGUCAGAUAACAUUACUUUUUUUUUUAGUUAUAACUAGAAAUCAGACUUUUGAAGAAUUUCUCAAGUCGCCAUAAGAUGUUAUCGAAAACGGCUAAACAAAUUAAUAUAAUGACUGACUGCCUUUACAUGAGUCCUGAACAUACGAUCAACUGUAAUGCUUCCUUACUAUAAGUAUAAACGCUGUUUAUCACGUGAACAGCUUUUCCUGAGAACUAUACAGUUCCUGAACAUUUUCCGGUUUCAAUCUAAUGAUCUGUACAUAGUGUAAUCAGCACCUGUCACUUCCUUCCUUUUGUGUUUAGACAGAACCUAAAAGACUUUUCAUUUCCUAGAAUAUUUCAAAAUACCCUCACGCAGGAGCGUCCAAGUUCUGAAUCUCUCAGAAUGCGUCUUUGUUUGUGCAAACACGUGCAAAUGCAGGACAAUAUGGCAGAAGUGAGUCAAGUAUUACUCGUACGUGCCCACGACCCAAACUUUUCGUAUAGACUGAUGUCGAGCGUCACUUGGGCAACGUAUUGUCCUCAGUUUACGAUUUGGACAUCCGUUUCCUGGUCCACAAGCUUCUUCCUAAUGAAAUUUCAUUCUUCAGUGUUCUUCAGUGUACAGUUGCUAGUUAAUGAUACGCCUGUCUUGUCAUUCACUGUCUAUUUUGGUUUAAUGUGUUAUCCUUCAAUAACUUCAUAAUAACUUUUCCCAUCUUAGAUCUCAAUGUUCAAAAUGUUUCAUUUGGUCACUAUGGACUCUGUUUAUGAAUUUCAUUUCAUGCUGACAGACACAAAGAAAAAUGAAAAAGUGUCAUGGUGUCAUAACUGAAGAACUCUUGUAUGUUGUGAUUAUAGUUAACGCAUCCAAAUACCCGUUCGCUUCCACGAAUGAUAAUAAACAAAACAAUAAAAAUGAAAACAAUCCCGACGUCCUUUGAACGAUAACUGCUUUUGCAUGUUGACAAAUUAAAUAAAAAAAAUAAGACAAGGUAAAGUGAAAUUAAAACUUUGAAUUAUCAUUCACAAAUAAUUAUCAUCGCAAAAGAGUGCAUUCAUUGUUAAAAAAACAUCCCCACAGUAUAUUCAUAUAAAGGAAUAUAACUUUAUCCAGUCGAGUAUUACCUUGUUAUUAAUUAUUGUGAAAGGUACUUAACACUAAAUCCAAAUAUGUGUAGUUGAACACAGCGUGAUCCGACCUCCAGCUUACUCGGGGCACGUGCUAAAAUCUACAGUCAAAUAGUGUAUUGUUUCAUCAACGACAAUUAAAAUAAAUACGCUAUAUAUUAUCAGAAAUAAUUGUUCUGUACUGUUUAACAUGCACAUUAUUUAUUUUUUACAUUUUCAUUAUAAUCAAUAAAUCAUAAAUAUCUUAUUUAACUCAAAGCAAAACACCUUUUUCAGACAUUUUAGGCUUUCCAUAGGGCUUUCCCAUCCCCCAACAACAACAAAGUAGGUUGUAGGCUUACUCCCCAAGUAAGCGAAGCCCACAAGAAGAGGCAAGUUUUGAAAAUUAAAUCUACACAGCUACGACUAUGUACAUAUUCCCUGUAAAUGAAUAACUUUAACCAUGUAUGUAGGUUUUUUUUUUCCACCAUUAAAAUGAAUGUUGUAUACCAGUCACUUUAAACAGUGUACUUUUAGAUGUCAAUUUCUUAUUUUAUGUCCUGUAUUUCAGUGUUAUUCUGUAUAAUAAUAAAAUAAGGAUCGCCCGAGAA